GGGCGGGGCCGCUCCGCCCGCGCCGCUCGGCGGGGACAAAGCGCGGCGCCGAGCGGGGGCCAUGUCGUCCGCAGGCGGCCGCCAGCCCAGCCAGAGCCGGGCCAUCCCCACCCGCACCGUCACCCUCAGCGACGCCGCGCAGCUCCCCGCCGACUACUGCACCACCCCCGGCGGGACGCUCUUCUCCACCACACCGGGAGGCACCCGGAUCAUCUACGACCGCAAGUUCCUGCUGGACCGCCGCAACUCCCCCAUGGCCAAGACCCCACCUUGUCACCUGCCCAAUAUUCCCGGCGUCACCAGCCCCGGCGAGGCCGGCGAGGAGCCCAAAGCUGACACCAACAACUUGAACCACCAGGAGGGCAAGCCAUCCAUGGGGGACGACGCUCAGUUCGAGAUGGAUAUCUGAGCGGGAACCACGAAGAGGCAGCGACUCCCCAGCCCUGCGCACCCCCCAUUCGGCUUAGCAGGAUCCAUCUCGGCGAGGCAGAGGUGGCGGUGGUCCCCACCACUGUCCCCUUCCCCAUCCACCUCCUCCCCGUUUUUUGAGGGGAGGGAGUGCAGCUCUGUCUUCCCCCCCUUUGCGGGUGAGCGGUCCCGGCGUGUGCCAGGUGGAGUGUCCCUUCUGGAUCCCGCCCCGUUCCUCCUCUCCCACCCGCCGGCAGCCUGAUCUCCACCAGGCUUCUGUUUCAAACACCCCUUUGCCUCUCCUGCUGCCUCGUGCCCCCCCAGAACCCCUCUCCUGUCACCCCAAYCUUCCAUUGCCAGCAGCUCAGUGUUCCGGAGCUGCGCCACCCCUUUUGCCCCCUUCUCCUGGAAUAUUUGGGCGGUCUCUUGGGAGGAGGGGAAACUCCUAAAAUCAUGUGCCCUUUUGCACCCCGGGGAGGGUAUUUUUUGAGUUCCCCUGGAAUGCAUUGGCAUUCAGCAGAGAACAACACUGGCAGCCCGUUCCCCUUGGUGCUCCGGGGGUCUGGUGUAGUCCCCAAUGGCAUCAGCCAGCGCACCCACAUCUCUUCCACCCAGAUUUCUUCCAUCUUGGCCCUCCAGCCAGGGGCUGUGUCCCCARCCCACCAGCCAGGACUCACAGCAGYGUAGCCAUAUGUUACAAAACCCCCUUGCUUUUAUUGUUUUGGUACUAAAAAGGGGCACUUUAUCCCCAACAACUUUUUCCGGGCUGGGGCCAAGCACCUCUGGGAAAGCGCUUUGUAGUGCUCAAGUUUUUUACCCCCCUGGCCCUUUAAAAUGUGAAUCCCACAGCGRGGAGAUACCUCUGGUGCCAUUGGAUAUCUCAGGAAUCACUGGGUGUCCCUGGGGGCUGUGGGGGCUCGCCAGACACYGCA